GACACAAUGGCCGUGACGCUGCACACCGAUCUGGGGGACAUGAAGAUUGAAGUGUUCUGCGAGAGAUCGCCGAAGGCCUGCGAGAACUUCCUGGCCUUGUGUGCCAGCAACUACUACAACGGCUGCCUCUUCCACCGCAACAUCAAAGGCUUCAUGGUGCAGACCGGGGACCCGACCGGGACGGGGAAGGGAGGUCAGAGCAUCUGGGGACGGAAUUUCGAGGAUGAAUUCAGUGAAUACCUAAAGCACAGCGUGCGCGGCGUGGUCUCCAUGGCCAAUAGCGGCUCCAGCAACAACGGCUCGCAGUUCUUCAUCACAUACGGCAAGCAGCCUCACCUGGACAUGAAGUACACCAUCUUCGGGAAGGUGAUCGAUGGAUUGGACACUCUGGAUGAGUUGGAGAAGCUUCCGGUCCACGAGAAGUCAUUCCGCCCGCUGACGGAGGUUCGGAUCAAAGACGUCACCAUUCACGCCAACCCGUAUGCCCUCUGACCUCUGUGUGGGCCGCCUGUGCUCAUCUGUAUCAGAUGUUACAUUGUGUAGCGACCUGCCUGGCGGAGAGGAGGGUGUACUGCGCUACUACCACUGUGUGUGAU